UUGCUGCAGGGUUUGGGGAGGGGGUCCUGGGGUGACUGAGGCUGCUGCAGGGUUUGGGGUUUGGGGAGGGGGUCCUGGGGUGACUGAGGCGGCUGGGGCUUUGGGGAGGGGGUCCUGGGGUGACUGAGGCUGCUGCAGGGUUUGGGGAGGGGGUCCUGGGGUGACUGAGGCUGCUGGGGGCUUUGGGGAGGGGGUCCUGGGGUGACUGAGGCUGCUGGAGGCUUUGAGGUUUGGGGAGGGGGCGUCGGGAGCUGCCGUCCAAGGGGGGCUCGGGCUCUGGCGGUGGCGGUGGCCAGGGCCAUGAGGAGGCCCGGGCGGGGCGGGGGGGUCCGGGGACACCGGGUCCGGGCGGGUCCCGGGAGCCGCGCUCGGGGGGCGGGGCGCGGUCUGAAGGCCCCGCCCCCAGCCAUGAGCGCCCCCCCGCGGUCGGAGCUCGCCGCCGCCGCCGCCGCCCUGCUGCGCCUGGGCGAGGAGCGCCCCCCCGCGGCCGCCAUGAGCCUGCUGCAGCGCAAGGGCCGCCCCGAGUGGCGCCCCCGCGAGGAGGAGCCGCGCAAGGGGGUCCCCAAGGCGCGGGAGGGGGGGUCCCUGCGGCGCCCCCUGCGCGUGGGGUUCCUGACGCUGCCGGCGCCGCAGGAGCGCGGCCCCCGGCCCUGCGCCCCCGGCAUGGCCCCCCGCUCGCUGUCCUGCCACGCCGUGGGGCUCCCCGACCCGGGGGGACCCCCCUUGCGCCCCCCCGGGCCCCGCACCGGGCCCCCCGAGGCCCGCGGCCUGGAGGCACCGCCCGCCAAGAGAGGGGGUGAGUGGGGGCGGCAGGAAUUGGGGCUGGGGGCGAGUGAGGGGGCUCAGGGUGGUUGCGGGGGCAGGAGGGGAUCCUGGGGAUGUCUGGGUGUCAGGGAGGCGACACAAGGAACUGGGGGGAGGGCUCGGAGGCGGUGCCGGCCCCUGACCCCCUUCCCGUCCCCAGGCGCCCCCCGGGGGGGCUGCGUGCGGCAGACGCCCCCCCUGAAGCCGUCGCGCAGCCCCCAGACCCGGCUGUCGGCGGGGGCGCCCCCGGCCGCGCUGGCCGAGCAGGGCGAGGCGGAGGAGCCCGUGUACAUCGAGAUGGUGGGGGACGCCCGGGGGGGCGCGGGGUGCGACCCCCGCCGGGGGGGCCCGGGGGCCGCGCCCGCCCCGCCCGCCGAGGAGCCCGAGGCCAUUUACGAGGAGAUGAGCUGCCCCCUGCCCGCGGGGGAGGGGCCGGGGCCGGGACACGCCCCCUUCCCGGGACAUGCCCCUUUUCACGGACACGCCCCGCACGCCGCUCACGCCCCUUUCGGCGGCCCCGCCCAUCACUCCGCCCACGCCCCCUACGCGGGACACGCCCCUUUCUCUGGGCACGCCCCUCAUACCGGCCGCGCCCCCUUCAUCGGCCACGCCCCGUUCUCCGGCCCCGCCCCCAUCCCGCCUCCUUUCCCCAACCUGCUGCCGCCCCGCCCACCCCCGCUGGCCCCGCCUCCCGAGGGCGCCUCGCGCUUGCCCCUUCCCUCACGUCGCGAGGCCCCGCCCCCCGCCCGCGCGCGAAGCCACUCCACGCCCCUCCCCCCGCACCACGCGCCGGGAGGGGCGGGGCGCGAGCGCGGUGGGGCGGGGCUCGGCCCGCUGCCCCUCCCACCCUCCGCUGAAGCGCCGCCCCCCGGCAAGCGCCCGCCCGCCUACGAGAGCCUGCGCGGGGGCGUGGCCUCGGCAGGCCCCACCCUUCCUCGCGAGGAGGAGCCACCCCUUCGUCGGGGGGGCGGAGCCUCCGCCCGGCGCGGGAAGGAGACCGAGAAGGCGCCGGAGCCCCCCCGGGAGGAUCGGGGGGGGGCGGGGACGGCCCCGCCCCCCUCGGGGAUCCCGGUGAGGGCGGAGGGGCCCCGGGGGCGGCCCGGGCCCCCCCUGCCCUGCCAGACCUUCCCCGCCUGCGGGAGAGCCUCGGAGCUCCCCGGGGGUCCCCGCCUGGGCCGCUCCGCCUCCACCUCGGGGGUGCGCCAGGCCGGGGCCCCCCCGUUCCUGCGGGGCCCGCCCCCAUCGCGGCCGCUGUCCGGGGGGGUCCCCGGUGGGGCGUUCCCCGCCGCCCCCCGGCCCCGGGACGGGCAGCUGCAGGAGGUGAUCGACCGCAAGCGCUGCGUGUGCACCGAGAUCAAGGCGCGGGGGGGGCGGGGGGGGGGGCUGUGCAAGCAGGACAGCCUGCCCCCCCUGCCCGCCCCCCCCGCCUGGAAAGGGUCGGGGGUCGCCGCCGCCGAGGGCCGCCCCCCGCCCCCGCCGCCCCCCGGAACGCCCCCGGCCCGCCGGCCCCACGCCGUGCUCUGGGACACCGCCAUCUGA